AUGAAUCCUGAACAUGGAAGUGCCGAUGAAUACACACUUCCUGAAAGUAAUACACAUACUCACAGUAAAAGGAAUCUUAAUGAAUUCAGAGAUAUAGAUUUAAACACACCUAGCUCAGAUGGCCCAGUUAUACCGGUUUUGGAGUUGGACUUGCACAAAAAUUAUGGAAUCAAACGGGAGCCGCUGAAAGCCAAGCCGGACUCAACUUUGAGGAAUCCUCUCAUUAGCGUUGUAUUCAGUAGGCAGGAUACUAACACACCGACACUGUCGCCUCUGUCAAGGCAGCACAAGAGUAUAAUUGCAAUCGCGUUCUUCCUGACGUUCCUCUCCAACUGCGUCGGACACCUGAUAAGGGAGCCGCUGUUUACGACCAAGGUUAACAUACAAAAGAGUUUUGGAAGUACCACGCUGCAGCUGGCAUACCUGGACAUCGCAUACCUGGCUUCGUAUUCAAUUGGCCAGUUCAUAACGCCAAUAGUGUUCCCAAGGUCACACAUCGUCAUGUUCGUCUGCUUCUGCCACCUGCUCUUGGGGAUUUGCCACUUUUUCCUGUUUCUACUGAAUAAUUUAUCGGGCUUUGUUGUAAUAUAUGGAGUUACAGGGUUCUCUUGCGCUAUUUUGUGGCUGGCUCUGUACAAUGACCUGCACUCGUGGCUGCCCAUAAACUAUAGAAUGCUCCUCAUCACAUUCUGGUGUUGCGCAGCCGAGUUAGGACUGUGCUUUGGGAUCAUCAUGUGCGCCCACGUUCAGACCACGACGAGGUGGAAAGUGCUCUUCAUGAUAACAGCAGCCUUCAACUUCCUCACGUUCAUGCUGCUGUUCACGUGUUACAUAAAGCCGAAACCAAACUCAGGAGAUUCUGAGCAGUUGGAAGUGUACGUGCCACGGGAGAAGCUGUUCGACCCGGUGAGCAUUAGCAAGGAAAACUACAGAAACAUCGUGAGCGGGAUUAAGAGAAUAUGGCAGCAGGCGCCGGUGGAGGUGGACCUCCUGCCGACGAUCGAGGCAUCGGAGCUUGCAACGAGUAGAAGUCGCGCGAUAAGGCUGUGCAAAUACCUGGGUAAGAAGGUGGGACAGUUCUUCAGGAGGACUGGGAAGCGGGUAUUGUUCAUAGUGAGGGUGCACCUGGACGUCAUGAAGAGGGUCCAGUACCUGACGCUGUACACAGUGGGCUACACGUCGCUCAAAUCGGCAAGGAACUGCUUCGCAUUUUGGAUAUCGUUCUACCUCACGACGAACCUGAAGUACUCGAUACAGUACGGCAUCUACGCCACGCUCGUGUUUCAGCUGGGCUCGUGCGCAGGGUCGCUGAUCGCAGGCAUGUUCAGCAAGCUCGUGCUGCAGAACCACCACCUGACGGGGUGCAGCAUAUCCGCAGUGUUCAGCUUCCUGAUGCUGGCGCUCGUCUACUUCAUGGACCUGGGCACAAUAUGGAAGUGUUUCACGUACGUAUUCCUGGUAGGCCUGGCCACAAAUUGCACGGAGAUGCUGAUAACGACCAGGGGCCUCAAGGCGCUCUGCGACCAGAGUUUAAGUAAGUUUCUGUGCAACACGCGCAUACACAGUUUCUUAGACGAGGAGGAGAAGGACUACUCGGUGUCACUGGGUACAACGCUGUCAAUAGCAAACUUCUUGUCUGUCUUCCAAGGGUACAUAUCGAUCUACAUAGCACACCAUUCCUGUGCCAUUGCUAUCAUAGUGUGUGUAAGUGCAUUUAAAUUAUGUUUUUGCAGCUUCGGAUGGAAUAAGAUGUUCCUCUAUCUAAUACUAAUGAUGUUUUUGUCCACUGGGGCACUAGGAGUGCCUUCCAGGAAAGAAAUAGAGAGGUUAAAGCACCCAGUACUGUAG